AUGACCGACGGGCAUUCUGCACCAGCCCCAGACGCAGCCCCCGCAACAGCGGGCGAUCACACCGCUGCCCCUGUACCAGCCGAUGUACGAGCCCAUGGUGACCACCAUACACAAAGCCAGCCUCAUGGCCUGAAGGAGCAGGACUCCGCUGAAAGGCUCACCCCACGACCGACAUUCAUGGAGCACCUGGCGACCUCACGCGAUAGUCAAUUUCACCUGGACCGACAGGACUCGAGCGAGUUGGACCGUUACUUUCACGGUCCCCGCGACAUGGACAAACACUCCAAAUGGCCGAUCUUUUUGCGUAUGCAUGGAAGUGUCACCCCGAAGAUGAUUCUACCCAUGUUGUGGGUGGCAGGCUGGUCAACUGCCGUCACUUUAAUUUCGGCAAAAGUCCAUGACUUAAGCAUUAGCAAUAUCUUACUCACCGUGCUGGGUUUCGUGGUGGGUUUGGCAUUGUCAUUCCGCAGUUCUACUGCCUAUGAAAGAUGGGCCGAUGGACGCAAGUACUGGUCCCAGCUUAUACAAACCUCGCGUAACCUUGCCCGUACCAUCUGGAUCAACACUGGCGAGCGCGAAGGUGAUUUGGGCAAGGAGGAUCUCUUGAGAAAAAUCUCCGCCAUGAAUCUCAUUCUUUCCUUCGCCGUCGCUUUGAAACAUAAGCUCCGCUUCGAGCCCGAUAUCGCUUAUGAGGACCUGGCCGGGCUUGCUGGCCACCUUGACACAUUCGCUCGCGAUGCUCACGACCGCAAUAUUAUCAAUCCCAAAGCUAAAACUCUGUGGAAAUCUGCAGGAGAGUAUCUGGGCGUUUCAUUUGCCGAGUCUAACCCUCGCAAAUUGAUCAAGCGUUCCAAAAAGCCCAUUGGACACCUUCCCCUGGAGAUCCUUAACCACCUGUCUGCUUAUGUCGACUCUAUUGUGGCAAAUGGAACACUGGUGUCUACUCUGCACCAGGGUCAAGCGAUCACCAUGCUGGCCGUAUUCAACGAAGUUCUUACCGGCACGGAGCGAGUGCUCGACACCCCACUGCCCACCGCGUACAGUAUCGCAAUUGCACAGAUCUCCUGGAUUUACGUCCUAGUUCUCCCUUUCCAGCUCUACGCAUCCCUUCGUUGGGUAACCAUCCCAGCCUCCAUGGUCGCCGCAUACAUCAUCCUCGGUUUGGCAACUAUUGGAAGCGAAAUCGAGAACCCCUUCGGUCAAGAUGUCAACGAUCUUCCUCUGGAAGUAUACUGCCGACAGAUUGCCCUUGAACUGGAUGUCAUCACUGCUACUCCCCGGCCCAAUGUGGAAGACUUCAUGACGCGCGCCGACAACUUGGUUCUCUUCCCGCUUAGCCAGAAUGGCUACGACGAGUGGAAGGACCGAUCUGUCGAAGAUAUUCGCGGAGCGCUCCGGGCAAAGGUCGUCGCUAGCCCGACUGCCCUUGGCUCGGAUGCCUCGACUGUUGUGGCUAGCAUCUCCACCCAGCCCAAACAGUCUGUUUGA